GAAACACAUCAUUUAAUUGUGAGCGAUCGUUCCGCGACCAACAUGACUUCGUUGUGUCUCUCGGUCUUCCUGUGCGCAUUCAAUGUCAUACAAGUGCUGUCCGCGUCAGUCCUCGGUGGUGUAGCGAUAUGGUCCUUCAUUGAGGUCGUGAGCCUGACCUCCCUGCGCAACCCCAUCCAUUACCAGCUGAAGCAGACGUUGAACUGGCCCGAGGUGCUCCCAUGGGUCUUUCUCAUGGCGGCCAUUUUGACCAUACUGACCGACAUAUGUGGCUUGUGCGGUUCGAAGAGGAAGAGUCGACCUCUGAUUUUGCUGUACGUGGUACUUCAAAUGAUGUCCAUAUUGUUGCUGGUUGGUGCUCCUCUCGUCGCCCUUACUCUCGCAGAGGGACCUAACACCGCAGAAUUCUUCAAAAGCACAAUGUGGGACGUCUUCUACACCAGUAUAGACAGCCAGGAUGGCGCGUACAAUUCCUUCGAAAAGCGGUUGCGAUGCUGCGGCGUCAGUUAUCCCAGAGACUAUGUGCCAAAAAGGAACAACUUCCCUGCAUCUUGCUGCUAUUCGGGUAAGCCCUGUGAUUUCUCAGAUCAUUUCGCGAACAAAUUGAGCGGAUGUAACGGCGUUGUGGACAAAUACACCGAAUAUUUCAUCAAAGGAAUGUCUGUGGGAUCGGUCGUGGUGGCGAUCGUUGGCGUAAUUGGGUUUUUGAUUGCUGUGGUCUUGUCCAUGAAGAUGAAGACCAAGAAAUUGGAACCUGGUGUCGAAACUGAAGCUGAUUGUCAGAAAGUGUUGUUGUAAUGACAUUCAUUGAUUGUAUUAGCUUAAUUUUGCAUUCGUGGUACAAUGUAUCUGUGUAAUUAUUAUUUUGUUAUAAUUUCGGCUGGGCUGGUACCGGUGGUUUCAGUAAUGAUAUCUAACUUGUGUUUUUGAGUGUUGGAGGCCCAUACAGGGUUUAUGUUAAUAAUACGGCUAAACAAAACGUUUUGUUGUGCUAAACUUAUUAGAUGACAAGUGAUGGUUUCCUUUUAUUAGCAAAUCAUUUUGUAAUUGAAAUGUAACUAAUGAGUUGCAGUGGCUGAAAUACCUCGAACAGUGCAGCAUUUAUUCAAUUGUGAUUUAAUUAUUAAUUAUAUUUGUUUUUAGUUAUCAAGCAUGUUGGUAGGCUACCAUCUUACCAUUACUCACCAUCAGGUGGGCCGUAUGCUCGUCUGUCUGUAAAGACAAUAAAAAAAGCAUGUAGUUGUAUGGUCCUUUGAGUUUUGUGCUUACAUAAGUGAGUUCUCUGACCUGGAAGGAUUUGUUAUUUUUUAGAUAUAAAUGUGUAAAUUAGUAGUCACUGUGUAAAUAUAGAAAUAAGUACUAAGAUUAAAUUAGUCAAUUAUUGUUGAUCUAUUAAUAAUAAA